UUUCGGCACGAGCCGCCCAGCCUCCAGACUUGCCCGUGAGCGGGCCGUCCCCGGGAGUUCCUCCGCAGAAGCCGCUGGAGCGAUGCAGCGGCUCGGUGCAACGCCCGAGACGUCGCCGCGGAGCCUCGGCGACCACAGCGCUGGCGAUCGCAGCCUCGGCGAGGUGUGCGGGGGCCGCUUCUCGCUGGUCUCCGAGAUGCCGAGGAAGCGACACCACAGCACGACUUUGUACCAGGGCAUCAGCACGUCCACGGAGGAACUGGCGGCCUCGGGCGCUGAGUUCGCACGCCGUGUCGACGCGAGGUCUGCAGCGCUGCUUCUCAUGCGGUUGACGUGCCAGGUCGGGCGCGUCCUCCUACAGGUGGCAGUGAAGAUGGAGAGGCCCAAGCCGGGCGGACUGCAGGACGAGGUGGAUAUCCUGCUGCAGCUCGCGCGGCCGGGGCCUUUGCAAGGCUUCCUGGCAGUGCGCUUCUGGGGCCUCGAGGGUGUCCGCAACUGCCUGGUCACGGAGUUUCUGGGCCAGUCGCUCGCGAACCGCGUGCAGGAGCGCGGCAGGCUGAGCGCGCAGGACACCCUCCUGGUAGCCCAGCAGGUUCUUCAGCGCGUGGAAAUGGGCUGGUGGUUUUGCACUCGAACGGCAUUGUCCACCGGGACAUCACCCCGCGCAACUUCGUCUUUGGGCUGAGCCACAAGGUCCACCAUCUUUACCUCACCGAGUUCGGCUCCAGCAAGGCGUACUGGGACGGCAGGGCACGAAGGCACGUCAUGCAGAAGACAAGCGACCUGCCUGUUGGAGCCCUGCCUUACAUGUCCGUCAACGCUCACCACGGCCUCGAGCAGAGCCGCCGAGACGACUUGGAGGCGGUCGGCUACAUGCUCGUGGACUGCACGCGCCCGCUUCCCUGGGCUGACGUGCACUGCCAGGACGACGCUGAGGCCGCGAGGCAGACGAGGCGCCAGAAGGAGGCUGCCGACGUCGAGGAGCUAUGCCAGGACCUGCCAGAGCCCCUGCGAGUGGUGCUGAGGGAGGCCAGACGGCUCGAGUUCAAGGCCCGAGGCUCCCGAAUCCGUCCACCCUUCUCAUCCCCUCGCCUCCAAGGGUCGUGAGAAGAAACGGCCAGCGUUUUUUCCCACGAACUGAACCAGUACCGUUCCGCAUGUGCCGUUGCGGUGGCAGACGACAUCAACGUCAACUUUCCGUCCUUCGGUGGCGCUGGAGAGAAGCACGGCGAGGUCGCGGACAUUGUUGACGAGUGAUGGGCUGCUAUGGUGGCUUUCAUUGGUUCGUUUUUUCCAGGGGGGACGCCGCAUGAGAUGGGACACGUGGAGACUGGCAUUCAGAUCGAGAUCGAGGUCGAGUGCGGCGUGUGGCACACGUGCUCCUCGCCUGAGCAGACGUUCUUGGCAUCCUUCGCGCGCCUGUGUGGUGAUGCGGAGGUUCACCAGCCGCAUCCCCGAGACCUGCACGACCAACACCUGUUAGCUGAUCUUCUGCCUGUCCAGCAGACCACUGUGUCGGCAGGUCUGUGUGUCGCCUGCUGGGCGCCGUUUCGUGGUGCAUGCUAUGUGGGGCCAGGAGAACCGUUCCACUUCGGGUACAUGCUGGUUCGGAUGUGAUGGUUCGUCUGUGCGGUGAUUUGAUCACCUAGGGUGCCCGUUUCCUUGCCCACGUUCUCUCCUGACUGUUGGGCAGGGGUGAAUGCGCAGUGGUGACCGCCGUGCCCUCGGGGUUAGGCUGUUCGGGGACCGAUUGCC